AUGCCGAGCCCAGCUGCCGAGGUGGCCAGGAGAGGUCUCUGGUGCUCUUCCAAUGAAGGACUCUUCGUCACGGACUAUUUCACCCGGACCCCUCGCAAGCUGAACCCCUUCCGCUCCUUCACGAGCAUCGAGCUCUUCCACUUCCGCAUCCCCGAGGACACGGCUGUGGCCGUCUGGAACCUCAUCACCUUCAAAGAGCAGGGGGGCACUUUUGGGGACCACUGCCCAGAUCGAAGCAUCACCGUGUAUUUCCGCUCUGGGGCGCCCCCCGUCAUUAACCCACAGCGCACCCACUUCCCCAGGGACACGGCCGUGCCAGGCUCCUUUUCCCUCACUCUCACCUGGACCUUGCCAAACAGGACCACGGGGGUCUUCAACAUCACCGGCCCACUGCCAGGGGACUGGUUCCUGGCUGCCCACCUGCCCAGAGAGCAGGGCAAGAUCUCCGUCAAGGGACUCGCCGAGGACUGCCAGUACCUCUUCCAGCCCCAGCUCAUUGUCCAGCGCCUCGUGGGGAUCGCGGUGCUGUACCCAGGCUACGUGACUGAACACGUCCUCUCCCCCCACAGCCCUUCCCUACUGUACAAGGUCUUCAUCCCCAGCUACACCUCCCGGGUGCUGGUGCAGCUGCGCAGCUGCCACGGAGCCAACCAGAGCGGGGAGGGCUGCCCGCUGUGGCUGAAGGUGCGGGGCAAGGCGCCCCCCCUGCACAACUCCACCGCCGUCAACUGCCGGGAGCGCAUGCCCUGCCGCCUGGCUCUGGAGCUGCCCUUCUGGCAGAACUGGUAUUACGUGCUGGUCGAGAAGGGCCCGGCCGGGGCCGGCAGCAUCAGCUUCCAGCUGGUGGUGCAACUGAAGGACUGCUCCCAGCCAGGCCUCAGCCGAACCCUCUUCCAGGUGCCGGGUUCCAACCUGAACAUGCCUCACUCCUUUGGCUCCCCGGGGGGGUUGGCCCUGGCAGACAUCCCGCCCCCCUCCCUUCCGAACAGCACCCGGCACGUGGCGCCCGGCCCGCCUCCCGCAGCCAGCGAGCACUGCUGGCCCAUCCGGCCCACCCUGCGCAAUGAGCUGGACACGUUCUCCGUGCACUUCUACAUCUUCUUCGGCCCAAACGUCUCUGUGCCCCCUGACCGGCCGGCCAUCUUUGCCAUCAACCUUCUGCCCGUGUUGGACAGUGGUGGCACCCUCAACAUGGAGCUCAAGCUGAACGUGUCCUCUCUGCGGGGGGAGAACGCCACCGUGUUCGCAUGCUUGAACCAUGAGGUCCCUUUGGCAUCCGAAGAGAAUGCAUCGGUCACCUGUGAGACAGAGCUGCUGGCGGGGUUCCUCCUGUCCAUCAACGCCACCGCCCCCCUCACCCGCUUGCGGAUUCCCUACCCACAGACGGGGAGCUGGUACCUGAGUCUGCGCUCCCUGUCCUCCCUUCCGCCCAGACUGGAGCCCUGCGCCAACGUGACGGCCGAGGUGUACCUGCGCACCUACCUCUCCCCCUGCCUCAACGACUGCGGCCCUUACGGCCAGUGCAAGCUGCUGCGCACCAACAACUACCUGUACGCCGCCUGCGAGUGCAAAGCCGGCUGGAGCGGCUGGGGCUGCACGGACAACGCCGCCGCCUUCUCCUACGGCUUCCAGCUGCUCUCCACGCUGCUCCUGUGCCUCAGCAACCUCAUGUUCGUCCCGCCCGUGGUCAUCGCUGUGCGGAGCAGCUACCUGCUGGAGGCGGCCGUCUACGCCUUCACCAUGUUCUUCUCCACCUUCUACCACGCCUGUGACCAGCCAGGCAUCGUGGUCUUUUGCAUCAUGGACUACGACGUGCUGCAGUUCUGUGACUUCUUGGGCUCCCUCAUGUCUGUUUGGGUCACCGUCAUUGCCAUGGCUCGGCUCCAGCCGGUUAUCAAACAGGUGCUGUACCUGCUGGGCGCCAUGCUCCUCUCCAUGGCCUUGCAGCUGGAUCGACACGGCCUCUGGAACCUGCUGGGACCCAGCCUCUUUGCCUUGGGGAUCAUGGCCAUUGCUUGGACGGCUCGCAGCAUCCGCCGGCGUCACUGCUACCCACCCACGUGGCAGCGCUGGACCUUCUACCUUCUGCCCGGAGCACUGAUUGCCGCCGCUGCUGUGCUGCUCUACGCCUUUGUCGAGACGGAGGAGAACUACUUCUACAUCCACAGCAUCUGGCACAUGCUGAUUGCUGGCAGCGUGGGCUUCUUGCUGCCCCCUCGGGCCAAGGCCAGUGCCACCAGCCUGGCAGGCCCCCUGCCUCGCAGGAAGGGCUGUGGCUACCAGCUAUGCAUCAAUGAGCAGGAAGAGCUGGGCCUGGUGGACCCCAUCGCCGGAGCCUCCGUCACCAGCGUCUGCACCAGCUGAUGGAGGGAGGCUGCCUAGGGGGCUCUGGACAGACUGGGUCUGCUCCCUCUCGCAGGGGGCCAUGGACACAAAUGCCCCACAGCCAUAGACACACGUCCCGUUGCUGGGGCUUUGCGCCAAACUCCCCCCCCCCACCUCCCAAGUGUCCUCUGGCCUCCCGUGGCCAAUGGAAUGUCUGCUCAGAUGGCUGGCUGGCGGCUGGCUCUACAGUUACAGGCAGCGGAGAAGGGGGAGCCCUUCCGCCUCCACAGGACCCCCACAAUCGGUGAUGCAGGACCUGGGCAGGAGGCUGCCUGUGCCACAGUUCCCUCUUGUCCUCCCAACAGCCUCCAAUGCACAACUUCUGCAGACCUAGCCAUGGGCAGAGC